CAAGAUAACUUGGAUCGUGACAUUAGAUAUGGGUUGAAUCCUCAAGAUAACCUUCAAAGCAAUGCAAACAAGCAAGACACUCGUCGGGACACCGGAUUGGGGUUCGGAUCUCAAGACAACCUUUUACAUUCACAAUAUAUUACUCCGAAGCAAGAUAACUUGGAUCGUGACAUUAGAUAUGGGUUGAAUCCUCAAGAUAACUUUCAAAGCAAUAAAAAUAAGCGAGAUUCUUUGGCUGAUGAUACUCAUCGAGGGUUAGGAUCUCAAGAUAACAUUCCAUAUGCACAGCGUAAGGAACAAAACUUAUCUGAUGAUACUCAUCAUGGCAUUAGGUAUGGAUUAGGAGGAUCUCAAGGGCUUCAACGCAACAACAGUAGGCAAGAUAACUUAUCUGACGUCACACGUCAUGAUAUCAGACAUGGGUUAGAACCUCAAGGAAACAUUCCAUAUACACAGCGUAAGGAACAAAACUUAUCUGGUGAUACUCAUCAUGGCAUUAGGUAUGGAUUAGGAGGAUCUCAAGGGCUUCAACGCAACAACAGUAGGCAAGAUAUCUUAUCUGAUGUCACACGUCGAGAUAUCGGACCUCGAGAAAACAUUCCAUAUAUGCAGCGUAAAGAACAAAACUUAUCUGAUGAUACUCAUCAUGACAUUAGGUAUGGAUUAAGAGGAUCUCAAGGCCUUCAACGCAAUAAUAGUAGGCAAGAUAACCCAUCUGAUGAUACUUGUCAAGAAUUUGGACAUGGGUUAGGAUCUCAAAAUAAUCCACAUCGUAUUAGUAAGGAGCAAGAUGAUGACGCUUUUGUAGACUUUGGACAUGUGUUAGUAUCGCAGCGAAACAAUUUACUACGCGAAGAUAACUUAUCUGAUGAAGACUCUGUACUUGAGUUAAAUAAUAACAAAGAUAACACAUCUGAAAAAGAAUUUGGAUAUGAGUUAGAGAAUAAUGAUGAUCCAUAUUCUCAUCACAAUAAUAAUGAAGAUAAUUUAUAUGAUGAAGAAGUACAUGAUUUAGAAUAUUAUGAGAAUAAUCCAUAUUCUCAGCAUGAUGAUAUAGAAGAUAACUCAUCUGAAAAAGAGUUUGGACAUGAUUUAGAAUCUCAAAACAACAUUGAUAACAGCUUAAUUGAAGAAAAAAUUGAACAUGAGUUAGAAACACAGCACAAUAUGAAAGAUAAGUUACAUUAUGAAACCUAUCAGGACAAGUUAAAAUCUCAAGACAACUUGAAAUCUUCACAACACGUGAAUAGUAAUCAAGAUAAUUCAUUGGAUGGUACUCGUCGCGAUUUUGAAUAUGAAUCUCAAUCUCAAGAUAAAAAAGAUAAAAAGCAAAAGAAUAAUAUUAGCAACAAAUCUCAUAAAAAGGAUUCCAAUCCUAGUAGACUCGAUAACAAUACCAAAUUGUCUUCAGAGCAUAGUAAUAAAUCACAAAGUAGUAGUACGGUAGUAUAG